CCUGGCGCGCGCCGCGGACGCCGGCGCGGGUUUGGCGGGAGCUCCGCGGAGCGCGCGCUGGACGACAUGGCGGGCCGUCGCGGGGCGCUGAUCGUGCUGGAGGGCGUGGACCGCGCCGGCAAGAGCACGCAGGGCCGCAAGCUGGUGGCCGCGCUGUGCGCCGCGGGCCACCGCGCCGAGCUGCUGCGCUUCCCAGAGAGAUCAACCGAAAUUGGCAAACUUCUGAGUUCCUACUUGGAAAAGAAGAGUGAACUGGAGGAUCACUCGGUGCACCUGCUCUUCUCUGCCAACCGCUGGGAGCACGUACCGUCCAUGAAGGAGAAGCUGGGCCAGGGCAUCACCCUGGUUGUGGACAGAUACGCGUUUUCUGGUGUUGCCUUCACGAGCGCCAAGAAGAACUUCUCUCUGGAUUGGUGCAAACAGCCCGACGUGGGCCUUCCCCAGCCUGACCUGGUCUUGUUCCUCCAGCUGGGAGUGGCGGAUGCUGCCACGCGGGGAGAGUUUGGCCUCGAGCGUUACGAGGACAGGGCUUUCCAGAAGCGGGCCCUGCAGAGCUUCCAGCAGCUCAUGGGAGACUCGACUCUGAACUGGAAGGUAGUCGACGCUUCCAGAAGCAUCGAGGAUGUGCACCAGGAGAUCCGUGUACUCUCCGAGGACGCCAUCUGCAAUGCUGCACAGAGGCCACUGGGGGCGCUGUGGACAUGAGCCACUCCUGCCCUGGGUGCUCCUCCACUUGCAGCUCCUGGAAGCCAAAAUCUAGAGGCCACCUUUGGGGACCUAGGGCUGGGGUGUGCCAAGAAGGACCCCGUCACCAGGGACCUUGGAGGUGUGGGCGCCAGGUGUUGUGGCAGAAUGUCCUCUGCCUGCUCCCGUGUCCUAAAAGUGCAGGUACGUUGUGUGUGUGAGGUACUGGGUGUGGAACCCAGGGGACCUCUUCCACCGAGCUACACCCCAGCCCUUUUUGAGACAGGCCUUGCUAAAGUGCCCAGGCUGACUUCAAACUUGUUACAUCCCCAGUCCUUUUUGUUUUUUAUUUUGAGACAGUUUCACUCAGUAGCGUAGUUGCCGAGGCUGUCCUCACACUUGCAGUCCUCCUGCCUCAGCCUCCCAAGUAGCUGGUUACAGGCGUGCUCCCUCAGGGCCAGCUGCGUUUGAACUUUUGGUUUUUGUUACCAGGGAUUAAAUCCCAGCUCGCUUUACCACUGUUACAGUCCCCAGUCCUUUUUUUUUUUUCUUUUUGAGACAGUCUUACUAGGUUACUUAGGACCUCCCUUAGUUGCUGAGGCUGUUCUCACACUGGGAAUCCUCCUGCCUCGGCCUGCUAAGUAGCUGGUUACAGGUGUGCUCCCUCAGAGCACACCUCUUCCAUUUCAACUUUGUUUUGGUUACUAGGGAUUAAACCCAGAGGCGCUUUGCCACUGAGUUACAUCCCCAGUCCUUUUUAUUUUUAAUUUUUAAUUUUUUGGUACUGGGGAUUGAACCCAGAGGCACUUAACCGCUGAGCCACGUCCCACAUCACCAGCUUUUAUGAUUUAGAGACAGGGUCUCACUGAGUUGCUUAGGGCCUCACUGAGUUGCUGAGGCCAGCUUUGAACUCGCAGUCCGUCUGUCUGUCUCGAGCUGCUGGGAUUAUAGGCAUGCACCACCAUGCCCAG